AAAAGCCUACAUUCAGCUGAGAAAUGUUGCCAAUGUCAGGUCAACUUCAGAAGUGAGGUCCCGGAGCGUUGCGUGACGGACGCUAGCAAAGGAGAGGCACUGUGGACCUCUUCCUCAAGGAGGGCUGGAUUCUGUCUGUAGGCAGGGACCACUGAGAGAUGAAGCUGCUCCUGGCCCUAGUAGGGCUCCUGGCCAUUCUGGUUGUGCCCCAGCCUUUGGAGGGUACCGCUCCAGCUGUCCUGGGAGAGGUGGAGACCUCUCUGGUGCUGACGUGCAUGGAAGAGGCCAAGCGGCUGGUGGACAAAGCCUACAAGGAGCGGCGGGAAAGCAUCAAGCAGCGGCUUCACAGUGGAUUGGCCAGCCCCAUGGAACUCCUGUCCUACUUCAAGCAGCCAGUGGCAGCCACUAGAACAGCUGUGAGGGCUGCUGACUAUUUGCAUGUGGCCCUAGGCUUGCUGGAGGGGAAGCUGCAGCCCCUGUUGCCAGGGCCAUUCAAUGUCACUGAUGUGCUGACGCCUGCCCAGCUGAAUCUGCUGUCCAAGUUGAGCGGCUGUGCCUACCAGGACGUGGGGGUGACAUGUCCAGAGCGAGACAAGUACCGCACCAUCACCGGGCAGUGCAACAACAAACGCAGACCCACGCUGGGGGCCUCCAACCGGGCCUUUGUGCGUUGGUUGCCGGCGGAGUACGAGGACGGCUUCUCACUGCCCUACGGCUGGACGCCCGGGGUGAAGCGCGGCGGUUUCCCGGUGCCCCUGGCUCGGGCUGUCUCCAACGCCAUCGUGCGCUUCCCCACGGAGCAGCUGACCCCGGACCAGGAGCGCUCGCUGCUGUUCAUGCAGUGGGGCCAGCUGAUUGAUCACGACCUGGACUUCACCCCCGAACCGGCUGCCCGGGUCGCCUUCAUCACUGGCCUCAACUGUGAGACCAGCUGCCUGCAGCAGCCGCCCUGCUUCCCACUCAAGAUCCCACCCAAUGACCCCCGCAUCAAGAACCAGCAGGACUGCAUCCCCUUCUUCCGCUCCUGCCCUGCCUGCACAAACAGCAACAUCACCAUCCGCAACCAGAUCAACGCGCUCACCUCCUUCUUGGACGCCAGCAUGGUGUACGGCAGCGAGGACCCGUUGGCCAUGAAGCUGCGCAACCUCACCAACCAGCUGGGGCUGAUGGCCGUCAACUCCCGCUUCAGCGACAACGGCCGGGCUCUGCUGCCCUUCGACCAGCUGCACGACGACCCCUGCCUCCUCACCAACCGCUCCGCGCGCAUCCCCUGCUUCCUGGCAGGGGACACCCGCUCCAGUGAGAUGCCUGAGCUCACCUCCAUGCAUACACUCUUCCUGCGGGAGCACAACCGGCUGGCUACACAGCUCAAGCGCCUGAACCCCCGCUGGAAUGGAGAGAGGCUCUACCAAGAAGCCCGGAAGAUCGUGGGAGCCAUGAUCCAGAUCAUCACUUACCGGGACUACUUGCCGCUGGUACUGGGGCCAACGGCCCUGAAGAAGUACCUGCCCAAAUACCGCUCCUACAAUGACUCAGUGGACCCUCGCAUCUCCAACGUCUUCACAAACGCUUUCCGCUAUGGCCACACUCUCAUCCAACCCUUCAUGUUCCGCCUGGACAAUCAGUACAAGCCUACGGGGCCCAAUCCCCGUGUUCCCCUCAGCAAGGUCUUUUUUGCCUCCUGGAGGGUAGUGCUGGAAGGUGGCAUUGACCCCAUCCUCCGGGGCCUCAUGGCCACUCCGGCCAAGCUGAAUCGCCAGAACCAAAUUGUGGUGGAUGAGAUCCGGGAGCGGUUGUUUGAGCAGGUCAUGAGGAUUGGGCUGGACCUGCCUGCUCUAAACAUGCAGCGCAGCCGAGACCAUGGACUCCCAGGGUACAAUGCCUGGAGGCGCUUCUGCGGUCUCCCGCAGCCUAGCACGGUGGGUGAGCUGGGCACGGUGCUGAAGAAUCUGGACCUGGCAAGGAAGCUGAUGGCGCAGUAUGGUACACCCAACAACAUCGACAUCUGGAUGGGCGGUGUGUCCGAGCCCCUGGAGCGCAAUGGCCGCGUGGGCCCACUUCUCGCCUGCCUCAUUGGGACCCAGUUCAGGAAGCUCCGUGAUGGUGAUCGGUUUUGGUGGGAAAACAAGGACGUGUUCAGCACACAGCAGCGGCAGGCCCUGGCCAAGAUCUCCUUGCCUCGCAUCAUCUGCGACAACACAGGCAUCACCACCGUGUCCAAGAACAACAUCUUCAUGUCCAACACGUUUCCUCGGGACUUUGUCAAGUGCAGUACACUUCCUGCAUUGGACCUGACUUCCUGGAGGGAAAGGGACUAGAGGCUGGGUGAGGGGUACAGAGGAGCGGCCUGGAGAGGAACUGGGGCCUGUUGGCCCUUUUGUACUAUUUGUUUGUAUCUGAUAUCUAUGAUAAUAAAGUAGCACUGACGGGGA